UCCUCUGGCUGACUGGCUUUGAGGACUCACCAUGAAUGCAGCAGAUAAACUGUUGUUUGGGGACUGUACCCACAGAGUUGAGUUUGCUUUAGCAGAAUUCUGCUGUCUGUUGAGUCCACCCUUUGGUUUUGUUGUUUGUGGAGCUAAUUGAGUGAUAAUCUGAUAUAGUCUGAAGCCAGCCACCAGAUGCGUUGGUUCUGGGUCCUCUUGAGAGUUGGUCUAGUGCAUUCCAAGUUCUUCUGCUGUCUGUGCCCAGCAGGGGUCCACCUGGUAGGAGAUACAGAUUGAUUUGCUGUUGGUAACUACCUGUGCUGGGCUUGCAGGCACCUGGGUGGGGCUAUGCUGCAAACCAAGGCCAGCUGACACUAGUGCCAGGCUGAGGCCAUUUAGCAAGAGGUAUAUGGCACACUGAGUCCAUUUGCUUCUUUGGGGUUUGUGGAUGUUUGAGAGAUUUUAGCCCUUUGUAUGCCAUAAGCAUCUAUAGAUGCAAGUGAUGGACCUUCCCCACAUGCACGCACAUCUAUAGCUGCAAACCUCGCAUAUCAACUCUGGUCACCCAGUUUUAAAAUGAGACUUAUUAGUGACAUCUCUGGGUUUGUAAAGAAAAUUAUGGUAACUUAAAUUCAUAAAUAUUCCAGUGCAUAUGGAAGAAAUUUCAAUAUCUAUAUAUAGGGCUGCCAUUCAGAUGCACAAGAGGUAAACACUGUGACACUUGAGAUUUGUUUUGUUCAUUGUAACACUUGAGAUUUGUUUGUGUUAUCAUGAGUUUCAUGCCUAAAAUGGUAAACAUGGUGUGCAUUCUUCAUUAUUUUUUUACAGAUUUCAUCUUUGGAGCAUCAACAAAAUUUAGUGUUUUCGAGGCUUUUCGUGUUGACAGUUUAUUUUUAUUUCGCACUUGCUUUUGUUGAUAUUUCUGUAGAAUUGAAAAUUAUCAUUAUUUUAUUAUUGAAUUUAUUGUUGUAAUAUAUUGUGCAAAUAAAAUUCAGUCCCCAUAACUGGCAUCAGAUGAAGAAAUAAUCAAACCAAGCACCUCGCAAGAAGAAGAUGACAUCCUUUAUUCAACUCCAGAGUCAGUGUUCUGUUCUCACACUUGGAAGUACUGUUUGGAUAUGCCCUGUAUAUGUGCCACCCAGUGCUCAAGUGGUCUGCCCCGUAGUUCUGAUCGUAACAUCUUUGCUAUGCUGUUUAGGAUUACAUUUACACAUGUGCAGCUUUGAGGUAGUAAGUCUUUGUCCUCAAAUUGGCUGGGUUGAAAUUGAUCCUGAUGUUCUCUGGCUUCAAUUUGUUGCUGUAAUAAAGGAAUCUGUCAAAGCUGCAGGAAUAGAGAUGAAUCAAAUUGUUGGACUUGGCAUUUCAACACAGAGAGCAACUUUUAUUACGUGGAACAAGCGCAGAGGUGUUAAUCUGUGUACAUCAAGGAAAACGGGAAAUCAUUUUCACAACUUCAUUAGUUGGCAAGAUCUGAGAGCUAUUGAACUUGUAAAAUCUUGGAAUAGUUCUCUUAUAAUGAAGCUAAUACACAGUUCCUGCCGAAUGCUUCACUUUUUCACUAGAAGUAAACGAUUUUUAGCAGCCAGUUUGUUCACUUUCACAACCCAGCAUGUUUCUUUGAGAUUAGCCUGGAUUUUACAGAACCUGGUUGAGGUGCAAAAGGCAAUUGAAGAAGAAAAUUGCUGCUUUGGGACUAUUGAUACCUGGUUGUUACAUAAGCUCACAAAAGGUUCUGAAUUUGCCACGGAUUUUUCAAAUGCCAGUACCACUGGACUUUUUGACCCAUAUGAGAUGUGUUGGAGCAGCUUCAUUACUUCUCUGCUUUCAAUACCACUCUCUCUCCUGCCUCCCGUGAGGGAUACAAGCUUCAAUUUUGGAUCAGUGGAUGAAGAGAUAUUUGGUGUGCCUAUACCAAUAAUGGCCUUGGUGGCCGACCAGCAGGCAGCCAUGUUUGGAGAGUGCUGCUUCCAGAUGGGAGACGUGAAGCUGACCAUGGGGACUGGGACAUUUCUGGACAUCAAUACUGGAAGUAACCCUCAACAGAAUGUUGGCGGCUUUUAUCCGUUGAUUGGGUGGAAGAUUGGACAAGAGGUUGUAUGCAUAGCUGAAGGCAAUGCAGGAGACACUGGUACUGCCAUAAAAUGGGCUCAGCAAUUAGAUCUUUUCACAGAUGCUGCUGAGACUGAAAAAAUGGCCAGAAGUUUGGAAGAUUCUGAAGGGGUUUAUUUUGUUCCGUGUUUUAGUGGUUUGCAGGCUCCAUUAAAUGACCCCUGUGCAUGUGCCUCUUUUAUGGGUUUGAAGCCUUCCACUAGUAAAUACCAUCUUGUACGAGCAAUAUUGGAGUCCAUAGCUUUCAGAAACAAGCAGUUAUAUGAGGUGAUGCAGAAAGAGAUCCGUAUUCCCGUGACAAAAAUCCGGGCAGAUGGAGGAGUUUGUAAGAACAGUUUUGUCAUGCAGAUGACUUCAGACCUGAUUAAUGAGAAGAUAGACAGACCUGUUCACCUGGAUAUGUCGUGCCUUGGUGCAGCUUCUCUAGCUGGCCUUGCUGUUGGCUGGGGAAGAUAAUGGCUUGAUAGAUACAAGAUGGCUGUAAAUUGCCCACAUUGUUUGGCCUUGGUUUUAACUUCUGAUCUGGUGGAUUCCUCAAGAAGAGGAUUUGGGGCUUGAUCUUCAAGGCAUUGGAGAGCCACUGAAGACUCUGAGCAGGAGAGGCUCAUGGAUAGAUCUCCAUUUGAACAGAUCACUUUGGAAGUUAGUGAAAGGACUAAUUUGGAGGGUAAAGAAUGGAAGUGCAGAGACCAUUAGGGAGUUCUUUAUGAAAUACUCCCUUGGGACACUGAGAAUGUUUUAAUGUGUUCCUGUAUGGAAGGGAGGAGUGUUUGUGCAAAACAGAAUAUUUCAGUUAAACUUUAGGCUAAGACUUAACAUAGUAAAGUUACAAAUCCAAAAAACCUAAAAUCUUGGUAAAUUUAACUUCACCUUAAUUUUACUAAAAAUCUGUUAACUUUGAAUAAAAUUAUCACACUUUC